AAAUUUUAAAAGGAUUGCUCUAAAUUAAAACCUACUGAGAUACGAUGACGAUUUCACGUACAGUAUUUUUGUUUCUAACUUUCUUUGCUGCUUUUUAUGGAGCAGAGUUUGGAAGCGAUGAGGAGUUUCAAUGUCCACCUGAAUAUCACCUUCUCAUCAAUAAAGAAGCAACUGUUUCCAGCCCAUUUUACGGCAAAGAAAAUGAGUAUAGAACUGAUCUGAGCUGCAAAUACAGGUUAACUGCUCCCGAAGGUUACAGCAUCAAAAUAGAUUUUAAAGAUUUUGACAUAAAUCCUUCUGAGUUCUGUGAAAUGGAUAAACUUCGUCUUUACAUAAACGAAAUACCUGCACUCUCAUUAUGCGGCAGUCAGAUACCUCAUCCUAUUUUCUUGACCACCAAUGAAGUUGUGUUUUCCUUUGAAACGAAUUAUCAAUUUUCUCGAGGUCGCAGAGGAUUUCUGCUACAUGUUGUAGCUACGUUAAAUGAGACAAUGUGUGAUGAAGGGUUUUCUCAGUGCGGUAAUAGAAAAUGCUACCACAAUGAAAAGAAAUGCGACGGUAUGGAUGACUGUGGAGAUGGCUCUGACGAGGAAGAAUGUGGAGAACAAAUACCACAUGGUACUUUCGAAUGCGGGAACACACCCUUUGCACCCGAUACUACUUUUUCGAGUGCAGACCGAAUGGUAGGAGGUCGAGUAGCAAGACCUCACAGCUGGCCGUGGCAAGUGUCACUCAGAUUAAAGACUCAUUCUCAUUCUCAUUUCUGUGGGGGAACUCUCAUCAAUGAUCAGUGGGUACUGACUGCAGCUCAUUGCUUUAUCUCCAUCAGCGAUCCAUUCUACGUUGCGAUUCACUUGGGAAGUCACAAUAAAAGAGAAGAAAGUUCCUUUCACCAAAUGAGAAAUGCAGUGAAAAUAAUUUCCUACCCGAAUCUCGAAGGAAAAGAAAUGGAAAACUACGACACCCAUCAUGACAUGACCUUAAUAAAAUUGAAUGCACCCGUCAAAUUUACAGACGGAGUACAACCAGCUUGCUUGCCUGGACAAGGAUGGGAACUGCCAGAAGGAACUGCAUGCUACACUACUGGGUGGGGAGAAACCAGAGGAACUGGCUCAAAUGUGCUCUUAAAACAGACUAAGCAAGUUGUUGUAUCUGAGCAAGAUUGCGAUACCGAUGAUAUCAAUACAGAAUCUCAGAUUUGUGUAGAAAAUGUAGGGAAUACUCCUUGCAAAGGUGACAGCGGUGGACCUCUUGUUUGCAAAAUAGAAAACAAAUGGUAUAUUUUUGGAGCAACAAGCCGAGCAACGCGAGACAACCAAGAAACCGCUCUCUGUGCUACUCCAGGAAUAAGCACUAUCUUUUCCAAAGUGUCAGAUAAAGUCGAUUGGAUUAAAGCAAUGAUUCAAAGAUUCAGUUGA